AUGCUGCCUCCGCCUACCUUGAGCUUCAUGCUGCCCAGUCUUCACGACGACACUCGUCUUGCCUGCCGCAUCUACCACCCAGCGUCGCUCAACGGAACUGGCCACGGGCGAGAUGUCAAGGCUUGGAGUGGCAAUGCUGCCGUGGUCGCACAUCCAUAUGCCAUGAUGGGAGGCUGCUACGAUGAUCGCAUAGUAGAUCUCAUCGGUGGCGUCUUCCUGCAUGCUGGAUACAUGGUGGCAACAUUUAACUUCAGAGGGGCAUCGCCGUCUGGUGGCCGGACGUCUUGGACGUCGAAAGCCGAGCAGGCCGACUACAUGUCGGUCGUGGGGUUUCUCGCCCAUUAUGUCCACUACCUCGACCCGCCAUUCCAGUCCAUUCAUGAAGACAAGCCUUCGGGUACCGUCAAGCCCAGGAUGCUGCUGGCUGGAUACUCGUACGGCGCCAUGGUCACCCUAAAAAUCCCAGCUCUUGAGAAGAUUAUGGAGGCAUUCACGUCGCCUCGCAUACACACUGCUGCGGCAGACAUACGGCUGCGGGCGCAGCAUCUUGCAGAACAGCAGAACAAAAUCCUGUCCACACCGGCAUCACCUCGCAAGUCACUUGGCAUGCGCGUGGGCGGCGCUGACGAAGACUCGCCGCGCAAGAGUCAUGACAAGCCUCGCCGGUCGCACUCUUUUGAUCGAGAAGAGAAGAUCCGGAAGGGCGUUAUUGAGCUUCUCGAGCGCACGAAGCUCAUUCAUCACCACCACCACCAUCAUCGCAAACACCACGCGGAGAACGAGAACAAGAAGCCGACAGAAGACAAUGUGGAGAAAAGGAUGCAAGUGAUUGAUGGAAUGACCACAUUUCACAGCGCCUACCUAGUGAUCUCUCCUCCGUACGGCAUCGUCACGAACCUGGCGACAAUGACAAUACCGAACCCUUUCGCAAGCUGGCCCGCGCGAAAGGGGCAUCACUCGCACAAAGGCCUUGACGAUGCGACCUUCAAAGAUCCUAAAGACGAGCCCAGCGCUGCCUCCGAACCUAUAGGCGAGGUCGACGAUUUCAAACUCAUUCGCAACCCGACACUUGCCAUCUUUGGUGAUGCGGAUGCCUUCCUGACAUUAAGGAAGAUGAGAGACUGGGCCUCAAAGCUGGACAGCACGUCGGGCUCGACAUUCCACUACCUAGAGUUCCCGGGAGCUGGCCACUUCUGGGUCGAAGGCGACAGCUUCUAUCGUCUGCGAGACGCUGUCAGCGAGUUUGCGAUAGGACUCAGCUGA